AUGUCUGAAACCGAGAGCUUCGACGUCGUUCAGCAUGACGAAGCUGUCGCUUCCCAGUCAGAUGCUGCUACCCACACCGAGCCUGAGCCCGAGCCCGAGAGCCCUCAGGCAGCGGCGACUCCUGCGACUCCUUCGUCUCCCGAUACACCAGUGAAGGAGAAGGCAAAGGAGAGCCCCGGAGCGAAGCCAGCUCUCAAGCAGCCUGGCUCGGCCUCUGCGACUGCUACCCGUCGACCUGGAGCUACGGCUUCCUCUUCGACGGCCAAGCCCACCACCGCCUCGAGCACUCGUGCCCCUGGAGGUCUGAGCAAGCCCCCAACUCGCCCCCCUGGUUCGACUGUUCGCCGUCCCCCGACUGCAACCUCUAUGUCGAGCCACCGAAGCCGUCCCAGCAUGAGCGCUAGCGAAGAUGACAGGAAGUCGACCACCUCCUCCAUUGCUUCUGCUCGUAGAGCGAGCUCUAUCGCGUCUAGCCCAGCCAAGACUGCUGAGAAGAGAACCGUGGGAGCUACCGGUUCGACAACUGCCACUCGACGACCUGCGUCUACGACGACCGCUGCUCCUCGAACCAGCACCACCACUAGCCGAACCGCGGCCACUCCUAGUGCCUCUGCGACGCGAACAACUGCUACUCGAACAACGGGUGCGACGCCUACUGCAAGCAAGCGACUUUCUACCUCUGGAUCUUUGACUGCAGCAUCUCGAACAACGGCCCGACCUGCUCCUUCUGCGGAGGCUACCAAGGAAAUCGAGGCACUCAAGGCCAAGUUGGCGGAAGGUGAGAGCGAAAUCGAGACUCUCAAGGCGGAAGUCAAGACCUCGGAGGAGAAGAUUGCAGAGCUUACCGAGAAGAUCGGCAAGGAGUCUGCCUCCACCGGUGCGGAUGACAAGCCUGCCCAGGACAACGAUGAGGCCAUGGCUACUCUAAAGUCCGAGCACGAAGCCGCCAUUGCUGCUCUCGAAAGCCAGGUGACUGAAGCGAAUGAGAAGCUUCAGGCCGCGGAGGGUGAUCUUGCGAAGCUCCGAGUUGAUUUGGAUGCCGCUGUUAGCGCUAAGGAGGCCAGUGAGACCGAGCUCGAUUCGCUCAAGAAGCAGCUUGAGUCCGCCCAGGCUGAGAACGAGGAGAAGCUCAGCUCUAGCCAAGAAGCACUUCAGAAGGCCAUUGAGGAGCACGCUACCAAGAUCGAGGAGCUCAAGACCUCGCUCGAAGCUGAGAAGGCUUCCGCCAUCGAGGCCAUUGAGGCUAAGCACAAGGAGAGCCUCGACAAGGACCAGGCUGAUUCUUCUUCUCACGAGACUGCUUUGGCUGAUCUCAAGGCCGGCCAUGAAGCUGCAACUGCCGAACUUCAGAAGAAGAUUGACGAGUUGACCUCCUCCCAGUCUGCCCUGGAGUCUGCCAGCGAUGACAAGCUCAAGAUCGAGCAAGAGGAGCACAAGACCAAGAUCUCAUCUCUCGAGGUCGAGGUUGCUGAGUCUAAGGCGAAGCUCGAAGCUGCUGACAAUGAUGCCCAGACUGCCAAGUCUGAGAUUGAUUCUUUGAACAGUCAGAUUACCCAACUUCAGUCUAGCUUAUCCGAGAAGGAGUCUGAGCUCGCGAGCGCCAAGGAGGACCUCGUUCAGGCUCAAGAGGAAGCAGCAUCUCUCAAGGCUGCCGCCGAAGAAGCCCAGAAGUCUCUGGCCGAGAAGGAAGAUGAGAUCGCCAAGGUCAAGGAGAUGCACGAGGAGCGCAUGAAGAACAUCUCUAAGGAUUAUGAGACUGAGAUUGAAUCUCUCCGAGGAGAUGCCUUCUUCAAGCGUAAGUACGAGGAGCUUGAGGCUCAGCACAGCGAGCUCCAGACUUCCUCCUCAGAGGCUGCCGAAGGCCAUGGUAAGGCUCUUGAGGCUGCUAAGGCUGAGCACGCCACCGCUGUUGCCGCUCUGGAGGAGAAGGAAGCCGAGUACCAAAAGAACCUCGAUGCCCUCCGUGCCAGUCAUGCUGAGGAACUUGAGGCUUCAAAGAACUCUGCUUCCGGAGACCAUGAUGCUCAUAUCGCUGAGAUCGAUUCUCUGAAGGAGAACCAUGCUAAGCAACUCGAGGUGCUCAAGUCUGAGGGUGCCAACACCCACACUGAGGAAAUUGAGUCGCUUAAGGCUGCCCAUGCUAGCGUCCUGGAGGCCAUGAAGAAGGAGUAUGAGGAGGACAAAGAGAAGCUGGUCGCUAGCCACCAGAGUCAAUUGGCCUCUGCCAAGGAUGCUGGCGAGACUACGCAUGCUACGGAGAUCGCUAAGCUUAUGUCGGAGCUUGACAGCGCUAGAGAAUCUGGCGAGAGUUCUCAUGCUGCUGAGUUGCAGUCUCUGAAGGCCAAGCUUGAGGCUGAAAAGGAGGCAAGUGACAAGGAGCAUGCUGAGGCUUUGGCCAAGGCCCAAGCCGGGAUCGAUGCUGCCAAGUCUGCUGGCAAUGAUGCCCACGCUGCUGAGAUCGCCAGUCUUAAGGCUGAGCUCGAGGCUACCAGGGACGCCGCUAAGCAGUCUUUGGAAGCCGAGCUGGCGACCUUGAGAGCCGAGUUGGAACAGGCUAAGAAGGCUGGUGAUAACCAGCAUGACGAGCAGUUGGCCACACUCAAGGCUGAGCUUCAAACCGCCAAGGAAGAAGUUGAGAAGGCCCGCGAGUCCAAUUUGGAGGCCAUCGAGAUGGCUCGCUUCGAGCUUGAGAAGGAGCAUGCUGAUGAGGUCGAGAAGCUUCUGGCCUUCAACGGCGAGGUUAUCGAGCGCAUGAAGCAGGAGGGUGGUGACGCCAAGAAGGAGCUCGAGGAGUUGACGAAUGUCCACACCAAGGCCAUCGAGGAUAUGAUGGCUGAGCACAGGAACAACAACAGCCACUUGGAGGACAAGCUUGCCCAACAGGCUGCCUCCAACGCUGAGCUUGAGACUGCCCUGAAGGCUGCCCAAGAGGCUCUUGAGAAGUCUCAGCAGGAAGUCGAGGAGCUUUCCCAGCUCUACGCACAGGAGAAGACCGAGCGAUUCACUGCUCUUGCUGAGCUUGAGGAUGCGAAGAACUCCAAGCCCGACACUGCCGAGGCCGAUGCUCUCAAGAGGGAGCUUGCCACAGCCAAGAAGUUCCACGAGGAUGCUCUGGCCAGUGCUGAUGCUGAGGCCAAGGCAUUGCAGAAUGAGCUUGAGGCUACCAGGGGUAACCUGGUAACCGCUCAGGGACAGGUCACAAGCCUGACAGACGACCUCAACCUUGUUCAGAAGGAUCUUGAGGCUUUCAAGGCUGAGGCCGAGGCGGGCAAGAAGACUGCCACUGCAGACUACCAAGAUCUCAGCGAUAGCAUGACCGCGCUUGUUGAAGAGGCCAACACCAAGGCUAAGGAGCUCCAGGCUAAGCUGGACGAGACCGUAGCCAAGGUUGAGGACAGUGAGAAGAAGGUCGAGGUCCUCGAGGCCCAGCUCAAGGUGAAGGAUGCCGAGAUCGCAGAGGCCAAGGCCAACGCUGCUGUUGCCAAGCCAAAGGGACUCUCAGCCAGCCGAUUUGCCAACGCAGAGGAGGGCGACGACGACGCUGCUGCCAAGGAAAACGCGGCAGAAGGUGAGGAGAUUGAUGACCAUUCCUCAGUAGCACUUGCUUCGAUAAGUAAGGCUAGGCUCACAGCUAAGCAAAUGGAUACCCUCGAUAGGGAAAUGAGGGAUCGCAACUUGCAGAUUUUGAGGUCCAUUACGGACGUCAAGUCGCCAAAGCUGGGCAGUGAACAUCACUAUGAGCAGCAACAAUUCGACCAGCAGCAGUACAACUAA